CCUCGCUGGACAAGGUGGUCCUGUCAGACACUUACGCUCAUCCCCAGCAGAAGGUGGCGGUGUACAGGGCUCUUCGGGCUGCAUUGGCAGCACUCCUUGCCCCAAACCCCUUCCCAGUAACUACCUUCGGGGUCCCCCUUUCCCAUAUCAGGGCAGAGGCACAGGAGACUGAGCCUCGUUGGGGAUCCCACUCUGGGGCAGCAGGAGCCAUACUUGGUGGAGGCCUAAGAUCCGAGACCUCCCACCCCUUCCCUGCCCCUUUGGCCUCCUACCCAGAUGGCUUGGCUGCCCAGGGCAUUUGCCCCCCCCUCCCCCGUGCUGCAAAGUCUCUCCGCACAUCCCUUUUGCCCACCUUAAUUUGGGGCUCCAGAGAUGGGGCUAGGAUGGUACCCACUCCCUGGGAUAGGUCCCGGCCUUCAUUCUGGCAUCCCAAUUUUGUUUUCUGGCUGGGAGCUCUGGGGUAAACCCGCGCUCCUAGGUCUGGGGGCUAGGGAGGGGCUCUGACCGCGGGCUUCACCCCUCCUCCGACUGCUUGGAGAACGGUCCGGUGGGGGACCGUCUGGCGCCUGACUGCCGCCUCCGCAGAGAGCGGGAGCCCUGACGAGUUGCAGAUGCUCAAGAUCCACCGCAGCGAUCCGCAGCUGAUUGUGCAGCUGCGUUUCUGCGGCCGCCAGCCCUGCGGCCGCUUCCUCCGCGCCUACCGCGAGGGGGCGCUGCGCGCCGCGCUGGAGGGCCGCUUGGCCGCAUCCCUCACCCUGCACUCGGUGCCCUUGCAACUGGAGCUGCGCGCCGGCGCGGAGCGGCUGGACGCCUUGCUGGCAGAUGAGGAGCGUUGUUUGAGUUGCAUCUUUGCCCAGAAGCCUGACCGGCUCCGGGACGAGGAACUCACGGAGUUGGAGGAUGCGCUCCGGAAGCUAACUUUUGGCUCAGGGGGCCAGGGUGGCAACGCAGAGGUAGCUCCAGCCCCCUUGCAGUCCCUGGCCCCAUCUUCGUCGGAGAAGCCACCGCCACCGCCACCAUCUGGCCAGACUUUUAUGUUCCAGGGCCAGCCCAUAGUGAACCGGCCAAUAAGCCUGCAGGACCAGCAGACGUUUGCGCGCUCAGUGGGCCUCAAAUGGCGCAAGGUUGGACGCUCCCUGCAGCGUGGCUGUCGCGCACUGAGGGACCCAGUGCUCGACUCCCUGGCCUAUGAGUACGAGCGCGAGGGGUUGUACGAGCAAGCUUUCCAGCUACUGAGGCGCUUCGUGCAGGCCGAGGGCCGCCGCGCCACGCUGCAGCGCCUGGUGGAGGCGCUCGAGGAGAACGAGCUCACCAGCUUGGCAGAGGACUUGCUGGGCCUGGCGCAUCCCGAUAGCGCCCUGGCCUAGGCUGCGCACCAGACACAAGGACGGUCAGCCAGUUGCCCAGCCAGGGUUUGGAGCACCUGGAUGACUCUAGGGUCCCUUCUUGCUGCUACGGCUGCCCUGUCCAUUCACAGGACUUACAACCCUACUUAGUGGCGCUGCUGGGCAGAACUGACUGCCUUCUCCAGGAGUCAGACCGGCACCCACCACGCCUGCUGGGGUGCCAUUGGGGAUUCCGCCCCAGAUACUAUGAUAGGGAUAGAGUGUGGGGGUGAUCUGCUGCAGAGGUUGGCCUCACCUCACCUGUCCCAGAAGGAGGGCUUUUGGCCAGCCCUUACCUCUUCUCUCAUUGCACAAUCACUCAUUAGGCACCUGCUGUUGUUUUAGGCAUCAUCCUGGGUGCUACAAAUACUUUGGUGAACAAGACAGCUCCCAAUUCACACUCAAUAUGGGACUCCAAGUACUAAGCAACAGUAAUAAAAUGUUACCUGUUUCUCUUUUUUAA